UUCAUGUGUUCUAAACCACAACAAAUCUAACCUCCUAAAAGCUUAUGAACAUCUUAAAAACACGCAUAAACUUUUAAAAUGAAGAAAGUUAAACCAAAUAGGCCAAAGUUUACAAAUACACGCAAAGUUCUUCGAAAAGAAAAAAGAAAACAAAAGAAAAUCCACCGAAAAGAGCAUUAUUUGAAAAAGAAAAAUGAUCCUAAUGUUAAAACCAGUGCUGGAAAAUUUGUUAAACGCCCCGUUGAUAACUCAGAACAAAAAAGCGAUAGUAAAAAAUCACAGCCACAGAAACAGCCAACCGCACAAGAGAUUAUGAUAAGGCAGCUUGCAAAAGAGAAGAAGGAAACAGAGAAAUUGAAGUCCCUAAUGGAUUCCCAAAGAAAGCAGAUUAUGGUAAAAGCUAACGAAGAAGAGGAUAAGAUGAUAAAAAAAUUGGAAAAGCAACUUGGAUUGAACAAGUCAAAGAAUAAAAAUAAUUACUUCGCUGAUGACGGAUUGGACUAUCUUCUGGAAAUUUGUGAUAGGGCAACAUCAGAACAAAUAGUAGCUGCUGAAAAACAUUUAGCUGAGGUUGAAAGAGAUUCUGAUUUUGAAGAAGAUCUUGCAGUAGUCACUGGCAAGGAACUGCCUAAAGGCAAUGACGAAAAUAAAAAAAAUAAAAGCAAACAUAAUGAUGAUAACUCUGAAGACGAAAUGGAGACUGAUGAUGAAAUGGAAGUUGAUGAAGAAGUAGAUGAAGAGGAUGAUGAUGAUGAUGACAAUGAAUUUGGACUUGAUGAUGACCAAUUUGAAGAUGAUAAUAGUCAGGCAGAAGAUUUUAAUGAUGAGAACUUUAGUGAUGAUGAAGAUGUAAGUGAACACAGUGAAUCAGACAAUGAAAAAGAUAACAAAAAAUCAAAAAUAAACAAAUUAGACAAAAAAUCUAGCAAAAUCAAAAUUGUAUCUGAAAAAGAUAUCAAUAAAGUGUUUAGUGAAGAUGAAGUGUCACACUUAUCUAGUGAUGAAGAUUUGGAUGGAGUUUCUGAUGAAGAUAAUAAAGUUGAUGAAGUUUCUAGAAUUGAUAAGACUGAAAAGCCAGAUGUGUGGGAAGAUAUCUAUGGUAGGAAAAGGGAUAAAGAAGGCAAUAUCAUCAAGGAAGAGAAAGGAAUUUAUAUUCCUCCACACUUAAGAAAUAAGGAUUCAGCUUCUGAUAAGCAAUUAGCACAACUGAAACGUCAGAUAAAAAGUGUUCUUAACAAGUUAGCUGGUACAAAUUUACACUGGGCUUGCACAUCUAUUGAAAACCUGUAUUCACACAACAGUAGGAACUCCGUGAAUACAGCACUCACGGAACUGUGGCUUGAAGCCACGGUGAGCCCGGCCAGCACUCCGGAUCGGAUGGUCGCAGAACAUGCAGCAUUGGUGUCGGUUCUUCAUGCUAAUGUAGGAUCAGAAAUAGGAGCUCACUUCCUAGAAGAGUUAUCGAGAAAGUUUGACGAAAUGUUGGAAACACCCCAACCGGUAGAGGAUAAGCGACUGGAUAAUCUCGUAUCUUGCUUGGCACAUUUAUAUUGCUUUAAGAUCUACCACGCCUGCCUGCUGUACGACAUCCUGGCGCGCCUCGUGUCGCAGCUCAGCGAGAAGAGCAUGGAGUGCGUGCUGACGGCGCUCCGCAGUGCGGGCGGCCUGCUGCGCAGAGACGAGCCCGCCCGCCUGCGCGCCUUCAUACAGGACUCGCAGGCGCGCCUCGCGCACGCGCACCACGCCGCCGACAAGGGGUCAAGGGUGAAAUUCUUAGUAGAAGUAUUGCUAGCUGUUAAAAAUAAUAACCUGAACAAAAUACCUAACUAUGAUCCAACAUAUGUGGAACAUCUUAUAAAGGCGUGCCGCAGCGUUGUAAGACGAGGGAACUACAUCACACCGCUUAAUAUUAGAUUAGAAGAUUUGUUGAAAGCUCAUGAGAGAGGCAAGUGGUGGGUAAUAGGUUCAGCUUGGGAAGGCAACCGAAUACAAGAAGCCGAGCCGGCCGCUAAACCACUACCGUCUACUGACCAGAAACUUCUAGAACUUGCUAGACAACAGCGCAUGAAUACAGACGUUCGACGGAGUAUCUUUUGCGUUAUCAUGUCGGCUGAGGACUACAUGGAUGCCUUCGAGAAACUUCAACAUCUGGGCUUAAAAGGGCAACAGGAACGUGAGGUGGUGCACGUUUUACUGGCCUGCUGUCUGCAGGAGAAGACUUAUAACCCGUACUAUGGCGUCCUAGGAGAGAAGUUAUGUAGUUUCGAUAGAAAAUAUCAGCUAUCAAUACAGUACACGGUUUGGGACAAAAUUAAAGACCUCGAAUCGCUUUCGAAGCAGGCUAUGACGAACUUAGGGCAAUUUCUCAUUCAUCUUAUUAUGGAGAAGGGAUUGCCGCUUUCCGUUUUAAAGAUAAUACAAUUCUCAGAUCUAAACAAGAAGUCAGUAAGAUUCAUGCGCCAAAUACUUCUCGCAAUCAUCAUGAACGCUGAUCUCCAAGCCUCCCUAGAAGUCUUCCACAGAAUAUCAAAAUCUCCCAAACUACACAUGUUCAGAGAGAGUCUCCGUUUGUUUAUACAACACUUUUUAAUUAAAAACGCAGGAAAAAAAACUACGAUAUUAAGCGAAGAAGAAAUGGCAACACUGAAGGAAAGAGCAGUAGAAGUAGAUAAAAUAUUAACAAUGCACGAAACUAAGUUGAGGUUUUGAUUAAAUAAUUGUUAACGA